AUGCAAAUCCUCAAUAGCGCCGUUGCGCUCGCAGUUUUGAGCCUUGUAUCACCAAUUUCCGGUCAUGUCGCUAUCAUCGGCGCUCGAGGAGACCAAGAACGCGCUGUCAACGGGCAAGCUUUUGGUAUAACCUCACAAACGCAUGUUCUCUAUGAUGGGAAACUGGUUGGGUUCCGGUCGGGCGAUGCACGAUGGCCUUUUCAAAAAGAUACAACAGUAUUCGCCUCUCCAGCUGUUCCAUGGAAGCUUCCUGGAUGCUGGCUUGAUAAAAAAGGUAAAAAAGUAUGCCAUAAAGAAAAAUACCUCGUACCAGUCAGGCGCAAAUACUUUGACGGCGGGUGUGGCGUGACCCUUCACACUGUCGGUCAAUAUGCCAAGUACAGAGAUGCAUUAUGGAACACGGAGAAAGCUGUCCACAGAACCGCUAAGUUUUUUCAGCAACCCGUUAAACCGGGCGCAAUGGUCAAUGUCUCGCUGGAGUUGACACACUCCAUCAAAAUUGACAAGCUCACGACUGCGGCCGCUGGUGGUUUUAUAAAGAUGACGAUGCAUGAAGUAAAUAAGACUGUGGUUGAGGGUAGUGGCGGCGGAUUCAGAUGCUUUGUUGAUUCUACUGGUCUGGGACGAACUUUCCCGACGAGAUUAAAGCUUACCCCGGGCGCUUUACCGGCAGGAGUAAAGCCCAACAAGGAAGGCACGAAGCAAUGGCAUAUGAUGGUCUACCUUCCAACUAGCUUGGACUGCAAGGGUAGUCAUAACGGUCGGAAGAGCAUUUGUAUUAUACGCUGCCAAGAUAGGUCAGAAGAUGGGCCUUUCGGUGGAUGCGUUCCAUUCCAGCAACUCAGGCCCGGAGACAAGGAUUAUUCGCCACCUAAACCCCAGCCAACAAAUAUACCUGAGCCAGAGCCAGCGCCAAUCCAAAGUGCCCAGACUCCAAAGCCCACGCCUUCAAACACGCCUUCAAAGUCCACGACUUCAUUGCCCCAGGAAACUGAAGUUGUAGAUUAUGGCGAUGAAGGUUCUGACUACAGUGAUGAGCCAGAGCCAUAUGAUUCAUAUUACUAA